UAUGUAGCAUAGGAGUGGCUAAAACACUCAUAUUGAAAGUGAAAGCGCUCAGUGUUGCACAAAGCCUGUCCCUCGUGCUACGUUCGGACUCUCCUUGUCCAUUUGAAGAUCAUUUACACAAGUAAUCAUGUCUUCAGUGAAGGUUAUUCUCGUAGUUUCUCUCUUCAUCCCUACUGUGAUGCCCAGUUCAGAUUUGUUUAAAUUGGAAUGCCGACCUACAGUUGGAAUUCUUGCUCAGACCACAGUUAUCCGAUGCUUUUUCAAAAACAUCAAAGAUAUUGAGAUAGUUGGUGUUAUUUUAAAAAAAGCUGAACAAAACGAUCCAAUUUUUAGUCAAGAGGGUUCAGAAAGAUCAGGAGAUCCACGCUUCAGUCUUGAAAACAUAAAAGUGGGACCAUCUCUGCAAAUCUUUAACACAAUGUUUUCUGAUGAUGGCGAAUAUCUGUACCGUGUUGUAACGGACAGUGGUGAAAAAGAUAUACAAUUUAGCAUCAGUGUCACAGCAAAGUACAAGGAUCCUGUUACAAGCACACGGCCUGAAAAUUUAAAUGAUGGAGGACCUGCCAGCCUUUACUGCAAUGCUACUGAUGGAUAUCCAGAAGGCUUUAUCAAUUGGUUUGACCGUUCUGGAAGCAACUGGACCAAAAAUUCAGAGCUGACAAAAAUCCCCAAGAACAUCAAUGGUGUAAAAUCUGUGGCUUUGUCUAGCAAACUGACUUUCAAGUCUAUCAGCUUGGGCCUGGCACCAUUUAGAUGCAUCGUCUUUAAUAGCAAAUAUGUACAAGAUGGAGAAAACACACUGGAGAUCACAUCUGCUAUAAGUAAUGAAAAUGAACAUUCUUCAGGAUCUAAUAUGAAAAACAUUGUCGCUGGUGUGAUGGUCAUUGGAUCGCUUAUUGUCGGCCUGCUGUUUGCUCUGUUGUGUUUCAGAAAAAAAAAAGAUGAGCGCCCUUACACAAAAAGCCCUGAUCUGGAAAAUGGUGACAGCAGAUGAAAUUGAAACUAUAAGCCUUGAUUUUCAUACUGACGUCAUCCAGCAGCCAUUUGACUGAAAAAAAAAGUCAUAAGGAAAAGGGCAGCUGUUGGAAUAAAGAGAGAUCUAACAAUCAGUUAUCUUUACAUUUACAGUCAAAUGUGGGUUUAGAGAGCAUGUACACUAAUAACUGUCAAAUUUAUUACUACAUCAAUGUAAACACAGAAUCUUAUUAAAGAUAGUAUUGGAGUUUUGAUGAAAAUUAUAGGAAAGAUUUUGCAGUGUUCUUUUUAUUAUUAUUUUUUUAUGGCUGUCAAGGUUAAUGUAAAAUUGGCUAAAUAUGUCAAUG